AUGCCGUGGUCUGAAGUGUCCCCAGGCCAUUUCCAGCGUCCACUCGGCGCAAAUGAGAAAUUCAUCAAAAGUAUUGGAGAUCGUGCUCAUCCACUUGGACGAGAACACUGGUCUGUCACUGCCCAGGCCAGAUUCAAGACAAGCGAUGCCCUCCAAGGGGGACAGGAACGGGUGCCGGAGCUGCACAAAGCCUGGAAGACGAUGCGCUUUGCACAUCCCAGCAUCGCAUCCAUCGCGAACGCAGAAACGCUCGACUAUUACGUCCCUAGCCCCGAUGGCCUGGAGGACUGGAUGCAACAGACCUUCUUCGUCGUGGAGGAGGACACGAGCAGCCAGCAGUACAUUGCCAGUUUACAGCCAUCUCCCUACCUCACGGCGCACUAUUUGGUGCGGACGAGUGAACUAAUCCUCCAUACCGCGCAUUGGCGGACGGAUGGGUUCGGUGCAAUGCAGCUUGUGAAUGCCUUCUUCGAGGCCUUCGCGGGACUCGACGACCGUGAUCCCAUCGACCUGCCCUGGGGCCAGGAGGUUGCACGGCUGGUUCCCAGCAUCGAAGAGGUGUUGGAUUUACCUGAAGAGGCUACGCCGGAGAUCAAGGCUGCCACGGCUGAGUGCAUGGCUACGCUGGCCCUUACCCGCGGUGCAGUGGGAGUAUCCUACCAAGGCGAUCUGACAACCUUGCCAGCGGGGACUCACAGCGUCCAAGGGCGUUUGUCCCAGUCGGAAACGAAAGCCAUCGAGGAGGCAUGUUGUACGCGUGGGAUUAGCCUGCUAUCGGCCGUCCAUGCCAGCGUAGCAGCCACCACAUACGCUGGGGCUUCCUCCGAGGCCAAGAGCAAGCCGUACACGAGCACGAUGCGGUUCAACCUCAGACCAUACGUACCGGAGCCAUACAGCAGUCCAGCGUAUGCAUCCGCCUUGUACACGGGCGGCUAUAUGGUCCAGGUACCCGCAACACACUCAUGGACAGAGAACGUGCGAGAGUAUAACUCAGCGUACCGACGCGGCUUGAGCAAGGGCUUCCUCCGCGCGCGAAGGGAAUAUGCGCUCAACGUACAGGAGCUAUUGAAGAAAAACAUCGCCAUGGACGGCCCUCCACCAAGCGAGGUGGAUAUAUCCAGCAUCGAUGACGCGGAGCUCCUGGUGCGUCCGGUCUACCACGGCAAGUCGGGCGACGUUGAGAUCCUCGACGUGAGCAUUGGCGUUGAGACGCUGACUCGCCAGCUCUACUGCUUCGUAUGGACAUUCCGUGGACAACUAGGAUUUAAUCUUGUGUACAAUGAGGCCUAUUAUAAUUUAACCACUGCCACCGUGUUGUUGGACACUUUGAAGAACGUUCUGCUCACUGAGUUGGGGAUCAGAGAUGACAGGGCCAUAUAG